AUUGAAAGUAUUAUUUUUACACAUACAUUUAUGAACACAUACAUUUCAUGUGAAAAGAAGACCAGAAGAAAUUGCGUCAUGGUGACUAUUCUUGUAGUUCUACAUAUUUGUACUUAAAAGGUUGCUCAAGAAUGCUUUACCAUGUCUUGCAGGCAGGUGAUAACUGAAUUGGAAGAAGACAAAAAAGGAGUGACUAAUUGAACCUUUCGUACUGAUGUUCAGGGUGUGAGCCAUAAUGAUCCACACAUGCUAUGAACACCUUGAGACAUGUAGUUUUGUAGCUCUUUAGCUUUGAUUGAGUGUGCUGUCAUUUUCCACAGUGAAAUUCAAACUUGUAAUAGUAUCUGGAGGUCCACAUGGCUAUGAGUCAGGUAUGCAACAGGGCUGUGGUGAUGUCUGUAGGAGAUUUCGACCCUGGAGUUCACUUGGACAAGCGGUAUGGCGUCAGGUGGGAAACCAAGCGGCUCCACAAAGUGCUAAGUCAACGUGGCUUUAAAGUGGAGUUUCACAAUGACCCAACAGCACAAGAGAUCUACAGUUUGUUUGAAGCAGAGAGCAGAACGACUGUUGAAAAUUGCUUCAUAGGCAUCUUUUCUAGUCAUGGAGAGGAAGGAGUGGUGUUUGGGGCAGAUGGCAAUGGUGUGAGACUCUCUCGGAUCUUUGGGUUUUUUAACGGCCCCACCAUGGUUGAUAAAACAAAGCUCUUCUUUGUGCAGGCAUGUCGAGGCCACGAGUUAGACAGUGGAGUUGACAUACAGACAGACUCAGCCUCCUUUUCAGAUGAAGACGACUAUGUCUCUGACUACCUCUCCAUUCCUGUUGACACAGCUGUCAUGUAUGCAACAGCUCCAGGAUACAGUGCCUUUAGGAACCAAUCAGGCUCAGUCUUCUUUGAGUCUUUCUGCAACCUUUUGGAAGAGGAUGGUGGCCGUGACCUGGAGAUAAAUCGUCUCAUGACGCGGCUGAAUUACCAGGUCGCCUACCACUUCCAAGGGUCUGGAGGCGAGCUGGAAGGCAAGAAGGCAAUGCCAUGCUUUGUGACCCGCCUCACCAAAGAGGUGUACCCCUUCAGAGACUCACGGUGGAGUGGAACAACUAUCAACCAUGGUGCAGAAACCUCACUAGAUGCCUAA